GGGGGCUGGGCCGCGGCGGAGGCUCCCGCGGCCAUAUUUAGGCCGGGCACUUCCCUUCUGGUGCAGCUGCUUUUCCCGCCGCCACCGGAGGAUCAUCUACCCUUUGGUACAGACCGAAAAGCAAGUAGUGAUUGGACAGGGGAAGAAUGGCCUUGAAACAGGUUUCCAGCAGCAAGUGCUUUGGCGGACUGCAGAAAGUUUUUGAACAUGACAGUGUUGAACUGAAGUGCAAAAUGAAAUUUGCUGUCUAUUUACCACCAAAGGCAGAAACUGGAAAGUGCCCUGUGCUAUAUUGGCUGUCUGGCUUAACUUGCACAGAACAAAAUUUUAUAUCAAAAUCUGGGUAUCAUCAAGCUGCUUCGGAACAUGGCCUUGUCGUCAUCGCUCCAGAUACCAGCCCUCGUGGCUGCAAUAUUAAAGGAGAAGAGGACAGCUGGGACUUUGGCACUGGCGCUGGGUUUUAUGUUGAUGCUACUGAAGAUCUUUGGAAAACUAACUAUAGAAUGUACUCUUACGUAACAAAGGAGCUUCCCCAACUCGUAAAUGACAAUUUUCCAGUGGACCCCCAAAGGAUGUCUGUUUUUGGCCACUCUAUGGGAGGCCAUGGAGCUCUGAUUUGUGCUUUGAAGAAUCCUGGAAAAUACAAAUCUGUGUCAGCAUUUGCUCCACUUUGCAACCCAGUGCUCUGUCGUUGGGGCAAAAAAGCCUUUACCGGAUAUUUGGGAACAGAUCAAAGUAAAUGGGAGGCUUAUGAUGCUACCUGUCUUGUGAAGUCCUAUCCAGAUUCUCAGCUGGAUAUACUAAUUGAUCAAGGGAAAGAGGACGAGUUCCUUUCCGAUGGACAGUUACUUCCUGAUAACUUCAUCGCUGCCUGUACAGAAAAGAAAAUCCCUGUUGUUUUCAGAUUACAAGAGGGUUAUGAUCACAGCUACUACUUUAUUGCAACCUUUAUUGCUGAUCACAUCAGACAUCAUGCAAAAUAUCUGAAUGCAUGAAAAACUUCAGAUAAGAGAAUCUCUUCAGGAUUAUAAAAUUGUAAUAAACAGAAUUGCAAGGAAAUAAGAUUUUAAAACUUUGGAUUUCAUAAUGCUAAAAAUGCUUCAUUCUGUAGUUGAAUCACUCACUGCAUAAAUAUAUCAAACCUGCUUCUGAUUUUAAAAGUUACUUUACCAGUGUUUACUUGGGAAAUAUUAGAUACUUAACAGCUUUUUCAAGAUCAUUUAGAAAUGAUUCAGAGGCAUGGGCUGUCUUUUUUCCUGUUUUGUAUCUAGUGUCUAACAACUGCUUGGCUUCUAGUGGUCACUGAAUUGAAAAAGUAUUUGUUAGUUGAUGAAUACAGAAAUAGACUCAGAAAGAUUAAGUGAAUUUCCCAUCAUUACACAGUUAUUUGUGGGAGAGCUAAGAUUAGAAGUCAGAUUUACAGAACCCAGUCAAGGAUAUUUCUUAUCUGUUGAGUCAAAUGGAUUUGUGGACAUUGGUUUAUGGACCUCUCUCAAGAGACAAGAAUUAAAUACUAGAUUAGAUCUGAAAUUAGAUAAGGAAACUUGUUUCAUAUGUUACUGUGAAAGAUAUUUUCCUUUAGUUACAUGCAGAAAUGUAGCUUGAUAAACUCGGCCAAGGAAAGUAAUGAUUCUCUUUGUAAGUACCAGAGUGUGUUCCUUCGAGAACUUAAUGGACAUACCUUUGAAACAUGAUAGGUGAAUUCUGGUUGUUUUAAAAGAAAUAUAUUUUUCUGUUGAAGAGCACAAAAAUUAUACAUUUUAAACAUUCAAGAAGAGUGCAUAUUACAUGGUGAUAGAGGAAGACAUCAGGGUUUUAAAGUUAUAAAAUAAGUACUAUGUAAAUGUGAAUUAGACUAAACUUCUUUAAAAUUAUUACUAUUUAAAUAUUAGUAUUCAAGAUUGAACCCUGCAAUGAACUGCACCCAAAUGGUUCUAAGUCUGAACAAACUUG